AUGACGGCUAUGGCCAUUACCGAUCCAAGCCACAAGCGAGCAUUGCUUUUUUACACUAUGUCGGUAAAGAUGUGAAUGAUAUAUUCGACACUUUAACUGUGGUGAUGAGAAAGACUUCAAAAAAGCUUGUGAAGCAUUAACUCAGUAUUUAACUCCACGAAAGAACGUUUCUUUUGAGGUAUUUAAAUUCCGCAACAUGAAACAAGAAGAUGGCAAGACAAUGGACGAAUUCCAUACAAGUUUGCAAAUAGGCGCCAAAUAUUGUGAAUUUGGUGAGAAUCAAGGAAAAGAAAUCAAAGUUCAAAUUGAACUUGGCACAUCAAAUAAAAAGCUGCGUCGUUACUCCUUCCGAAAUCCUAGUGUGAACCUCGACGACUUGCUUCUUUAUGCAAGAACAUUAGAUGAAACUGAACGACAACCCUGA